CUACAUAAAAGAGAAAAAAAAAACAAUAAUUAUAACAGAGCAAAAUAAUUGAAUAAAAAUUUUUGCGGUGUGAUACGAAUAAUAUAUUUUCUUUUCUUUACUUUAGAAGGCAUAAUUAUGUCAGAUAGUUCUGAUCAACUUUCGUCGCCUAGUAGCGAGUGUAACAGUCAGUCGAUGGGUUCUGUCCAUAGAGGAAUUGUAUCAACGGUGCAAGUAUCAGGAAUAAAUAAUAAUCCUUCUUACAAUAACGGAUCCUCCGCAAUGACGGGACUUCCGCUUCACCAUCAUCAUCAUCAUCAUAAUCCACAAAAUUUAACUUCGUGUAAUGCAAAUGCCGCUGCACCUGGAAGUCCUCAGUAUUCGCCGGAACUUUCUUCGUGCACUUCGAACUCCAACAACCUGCAAAUACAGAACGGAUCAGCCGCCGCUGCCGUCGCCGCUGCUGCCGUAGGAUUAACUAUACCAAAUAAUGCCAACAAUUUUACACCGGAACAAAUAUCGUGCAUGUGCGAAGCACUUUCACAGAGCCAGGACAUCGACAGGCUCACCAGGUUUUUGUGGUCCUUACCACCUGGGGAGCUUCUUCGAGGCGGUGAAAGCGUUUUGAUGGCGAGAGCUUCGGUUGCUUUUCACAGAGGAGCGUAUCACGAGUUGUAUUCGAUAUUGGAAGGGCAUCCUUUUUCAACCCGACGGCAUCCGGAUUUACAGCAAAUGUGGUUUAAAUCGCAUUAUCGUGAGGCGGAAAAGAUACGGGGACGUCCUCUUGGAGCUGUCGAUAAAUAUAGAUUGAGAAAAAAAUAUCCUUUACCAAAAACAAUAUGGGAUGGUGAAGAGACCGUUUAUUGCUUCAAGGAAAGAUCGAGAAAUGCUUUGAAAGAGUGUUACCUGAGAAACAGAUAUCCAACACCCGACGAAAAGAAAAAUCUUGCCAAAAAAACCGGACUCACACUUACACAGGUCUCUAAUUGGUUCAAAAACAGAAGACAAAGGGACCGCACGCCGCAGAGCAGAUCGGAGAUGCUACCGUUGAGUUGCCAGAAUACCGGAUCAAACGGAAUUUCGGUGAAUGGAUCUUUGGGAAAUGGACAUUCAGGCUUAGGAUCUUCAGCGGGUCAAGGUGGUACCAACCAUCAGAGUGGUCUUCAAUCUCUUCAUCAGGAUUCUGGGAGUCCUAAUUUAGCUAUUUCCCCACUUUCUACAAUGGGAAUGUCACCGGCAGCUCUCAAUCCAUGUAGUCCUAUGGGUAUGAGCCCAAUGGGGCCACAUCAUCAUGGGUAUGCUACCCCAGUGACGCCAUCGUCUGUACACAACGGUGGUUUGAGUCCAAUAAACGACGUGAAGUCGCUCUGCUAUGGAAGAGGAUUGCAGUACGAUUCUGGUAAAGACCUUGAGCAGAGUCCAGUUUAUUAUUCGAGUCACUCGACUAUGCAGCAUCAUCAUUACUACCAGCAGUCUCAUCAUCACCAGAUGAUGGGGGGACCACAUCAUCACCAACAGUCCUCGAUGCCCACAGGAUAUGAGAUCAUGUUACCACCACCUCAGCAUUCUAUGUGACCCAUGGGUCAUCAUCAAAGAGGUCACGAUCAAGACCAGGAUCAUAACACAGAGGACGACGAAGAGGUCCUUGCAAGAAUCCAGGGAUUCGCUUGAUUUAGAAAAAUCCGACGAAAUAUUUAAAAAGUGUGUGUUAUUAUGGUAUUAUUCUAUGGGAGAUGGAUGAAAAAAUUUGCGGAUUUCAUUUUCGGCUGCUUUUUAACGAUCCCUCGAGUCAAUUCAGAACCGCGUGGCGCGGGUUGGGUUCGGAGGUUGAGAGCAGAAAAAAAAAGAUAAAGAAACCGUAAGAAGAAUACAGAUUCGAAUCGGCCAAUGGGAUAUGCAAGUAGAAACGACAUUGCGUUAUGGGAGGGACCAGGAACAGGUUUUAGGAAUCUGUAUCCCCUUUCCCAUUCGCUUCUGCGACAAACAAUGGCUGCAGCCUUUUCCUAUUACCAUAAAUUUGAAAUGACGUACUGUUCCUCUCUUCUUGUUCUUUUUUAUUUAGUACUUAUGGUACUAUAGGCGACAAGCAUAAGUAGAAAUAAAAGAGAAUUUAGAUAUUCUAUGGGGUUUUUUCUCGAUUUCUACAAACGAUUGUAUCCCAGUGUAAAACAGAGGCUAGAGUUAUUAUGAAUGUUGGGUGAAUUUGAUUCCUAUUUGUUAUUUUUCAAGUUCUUAAUUAUUCUCACCGUCAAGUAGAAAAUGAUGGGAAAAAAAAAAGAAUUAAAAUACAGUUUGAAUUUUGAAUUGAUCGGAAAUGGAUAUGAGAUUCGGAAGAAGAAGAAUAAGCUUAGCAGUACUAUCUAGGAUGUAAAAUUAGAAUAAAUUUACAUCGUUUUAAAAUGUACAUGUAAUUAAUUAUGAGUGAACUAGAGUCAUGUGGUUAUACAUAUUAGAUAUAUGUGCGAAUGAGCGAAUGGAAUGAUAUAUAUUUAUAUAAAAAAAUAUAUAAAUAUACCGAUAUAUAAUACGUAGAACCCAUUAGGGCUACUAACGUAAUCUGCAGUGAUUGUAAAUAUUAUAUAGAUGGCGAAAUUAUUAUGUUAUGAUUGCGUGUAUGUUAUGUAUAUAAUAUAUCGUAUGAAAGAAGGGCACUAUGUAACGAAUGAAAUGAUUGAUUUUUAAAAAUAAAUAAAUAUCCGCUACAUAUAAAAGAAUAUGUUUAAAAAUUUUACCCCUGCGCGGUUCGGUGGGUAUUGCUCCUGGUGGAAAUCUGGUAGGCAACCCAAGUU